AUGUUAGCUAGAGGAUUUAGACAAUUAAUAAAGCCCAAUUCACCCCCAGGCUACGUCACUAAAAGAUAUUUUUCCACAGAAGCAACAGCAUCAUACUUUAAGCUAUUUCCGCAUAAUUUCCCCCAUGGCGGGCCACCAAAAGACCCAUUCUUUAUCAAUGAAAAGCAAUUACGCAAAGAAUAUCGAACACUACAAAGUUCAAAUCACCCUGAUAUAUCGUCUGACACAAUAGCAUCACUGAAUAUUAAUCAAGCAUUUACUCACUUACGUAAUCCUUAUUUACGAUUAGCCCAUCUUGUUAAAUUGUUGCAUGAGGUUGAUAUAACCGACGACGCUGUAUCAAAGUCAAUGAUUGCCAAAUUCCAAAAUGCCAAUGAUUCAAAUGCUAUGGCAUAUAAGCAAAUGUUGUUGCAGGUUAUGGAGGCCCAUGAACAAUUGGAAUUUGCUGAACAGGAACAAGAAUUGGAUGAAUUGGAAGAGGAGAAUAAUGACAGGAUAAAGCAAGCGGAGGAGAAAAUUGAACUGGAGUUGAAGAAAGAUCCUAUAAAUUGGGAUGAAUUGAUUACUGAUGCUAUAAAAUUGAAAUAUUGGGUUAAUAUACAAAACGGUAUUAAAGAUUGGGCACCAGGUAAACCAGUGCAUUUGACUCAUUAA